UUUUUUCACAUUUGUUCACGUUCAUCAUUUCUUUCCUAACCACUCAACAUUUUCUAAAAUUGUUAUCAUUUUAUUGAAAACAAAAAUGUAAUAAUAACAAAAUACAAACUAAAAAUAAAUAUUUUUAUUUAUAUGUAUGUAGUUUGUAACAAUUUUAUGUUAGAUAAAUAAUUUUUAGUAUAAAAUCAACAAUUAAAUCCCAGUCAUUUUAUUUUUUAAAAUCAUUCUCUAGUUCGUCGGUGCGUGUACUUUAUUCCACAUAUUCCCACUGUUUAAUGGAAGUAUGUGUAAAAAUACACAAAACCUGCUGAGUUGAAUUGAAUGAUGUUAGUCUAAUAAAUAUAAGAUGGAUGUUAAUCUCAAGUUAGGACGAUCAAACAGAUCAAAUGGCUAGCUGAUCUUGUCUUUAUUAUUUACUUACCUUUACGGUUUAUUUGUUUAGUUAUUCGCUCAUAACUUGUUCAAGGUUUAUUCAUUCUUGUUGAUUUUUACGCUAUUCAACUCAUCUCGCAAGAAAGCAAAUAUCCAUUAUAACAGCCUAUUAAGUCCUCGCUUAUAGAGGAUUAUUUAUUUGUAUAUAAUUUUAAUUUUUGAAGAAUUUUUGACAAUCUUUUUAAAAAAAUUAAAUAAUGGUUCAAUACAAAUUACAUUAUUUUGACCUGCCUGGCAGAGCUGAAGCAAUUCGUAUGCUUUUCUACUACAAGGGGCAACCUUUUGAAGAUUAUCGAAUUAAAAAGGAGGAUUGGCCAACAGUUAAAUCGAAAUACACAUUUGGACAAGUCCCAGUGUUAGAAGUUGAUGGAAAACAAUUAGCACAAACUGGAGCUAUUAUGCAAUUUUUGGGGAAAAAAUUUGAUUUGGGAGGAAAAAAUGAAUGGGAAGAGGCAAAAGCAAUGGAAAUAAUAUUCCUUAAUGAUGAAAUGGGAGUCGCAAUAGGGCCAUAUAUUGGAGCAAAAUUUGGAUUUCGUGAAGGCAAUGUGGAACAACUUCGAAAAGAUGUUUUUUUGCCUGCUAUUGAAAGAUAUUUUCCUUUAUACGAAAAACGUUUGGAAGAGUCCAAUUCUGGUUUUAUUUUGCCUUCUGGAUUAAGUUUUGUUGACUUUUCUGUUGCUCACUUUAUCGGAAUGAUGAUUGAAAUGGAAAAGGAUAUAAUGGCUAAAUACCCUAAAUUAGUUGAUUUUUCUACUCGUUUUUAUUCGCUUCCCCAGUUGAAGGAAUAUUUGAGCAAGAAAAAAUGUUAA